AUGGUGAAGCUGAGGAGGAAAAAGAAUGGAGAUGGAGAGAACACCCCAAUUGGUGUUGAUGUUAAAGGCCAAGAAUCCGUGAAUAAGUUGUUGCAUAUUCGGACUUGUCCCCCAACCCCACAGUGUUUUUCUGCCGGCCAGGGGCAUUCUACGGCAUCAACGCCCAAGCCGUCCAGGAUUAGGCCUCCACUGAAUCAGGAGAGAGCUAGACUACAAGAUGUGAAGGAGAUGAACAAGGAGAUAAACAGGGUUGCUGCUGAAAAAGAUGCGAGAUCUUUAGACGUCUUCUGGUUUCUAAAACCAUGCACUCUUUCAAGUUAA